AGUUGCUAUCCGAACAAAAUGUCGGCUCAUAAAACGUUUAUUAUCAAACGAAAACUUGCUAAGAAAUUAAAACAAAACAGACCGAUUCCACAAUGGGUCAGAAUGCGAACUGGCAAUACUAUUAGAUAUAAUGCUAAACGGCGUCAUUGGAGAAGAACCAAAUUGAAACUGUAAAAUACAUUUAUGUAUUUUCUCACAUUUAUUAUAAUAUAUUAAUUAUUCAUUUUUAAAUAAAUUCUAGUUGUAACAUUAUAUUUACAUCUUAUAUUUAUAAAAAUUUAUUUUUUAAUUAACACGAAUUUUAUAUCGAUCAAUAACCUCAGAAAGAAAACGAAUUAUUUAUUUACAUAUAUUUAUAUACAUAUUAUAAUGAAUUAGAUAUUUUGCGGCGAUGCAUUUGUUCCAUCCAUUCUUUUAAUAAUUCUUCACCGCUUUUAGGUGCUGGUAAAUAAUAAUUUUUUGGUGGUUUUCCUUCUUCUAAACGUACA